AUGGCAGACAAUGGCCCGCCGUCUCCAGGAAGCGAUAUCUUUCUGCGACAAGCUGCUGCUUUGAGCGCAGAAGAAGAAUCCGACUCGGUUGCUAUCUCUGAUACUACUGCUGAAGUACCCAAACUCACCGCAUCACAGCUCAACGAUAUGCCUUCAGAUGACGGCCCAGAAAGAGCUGCUUGGUUUCAAGCCACAAUGCCGGGACCACGCCUCAUUAUACCGACGCCCUUCUGGCUGGGUAUCCGAGCAACGAGCAGCGAAGUCUUUUUAUUACUAGCCGCCAUUAGGCAACGGCUUGAUAAAGAGGGCAUUACAGAGAUUGGAAAAGGAGAGGAUCGAAGCACGAAUGAAGCGUUCUACCAACUUGCUCGCCGAGUUAGGGCUCACGAAUCCUUCAACGGACUUGUUGCCAAAGUUUUAGCAGAACUUCCUUUCUUCAUCUCUGGUUACGACAACAACAAUGAACCACCACUUGAGUGGAGAGUAGAUUGGAUUUCAAAGCUACUGGUGGAAACUGCGCUGCAUUCAAUGACACCGGCUCCAGAGAGAUUGGCCGAGGGUAGGAUGCUUUCUUUCAAAGGUUAUGACGAAGAGGCUAAUCAAUCAGAAACGCCGCCUUCUAUCUUAGCAUUAUUAAAGUCAAACAAAGAUAAAGGGACGGAAAAGACUGCUACACCAGGGAGGGCCCAGAAAUCCGCGCGUCCACAAGUUUCUGCUGGUAGUGGAAGAAAGACCACAACUUCAGCAGCUCCUAAACCUCCCCCCAAGGAUAAACCUGUCAAACAAGCACCGGCAACAUCGAGUUCUCGUAGAUCAGUCGGCGGAAAUACAGCAUUUAAAAUAGUGCAGAAAUUCAAACUAGUUGUGAUGUCCGAAGAUCGCACCCACGAGGUCAUUGAUGAUGAGAUGUAUGCCGAAGAUUGCCUCGCACCCGAUGGAAACAGUUAUUCACUUAGAGCUAUCCUAAGAGAAUUCCAAAAGAAGUUGGACGAAGAAUGGCCAGCAUCGUAUAGAGGGCCGUUGAAACUCGAUCGCGGAAAAUUCGGUUACGAAACAGGAACAACACGCAAAGCAUUUAAGCCUAUUCAGUCACAAGGGGACUUAGAUAUUGCGAUAAACAGACUUUUUCAAACUCCCUCGGAAGUUCCUGAUGAAUGGACAGUUCAAUUUACCUUUUACCCUGAGGAUGCUGUCGAGAAGCGUAACCGAGAGGCAAGAGAGAAGGCCAAAGCUAGACUUGCUGGUAGUAAGAAGCCGGCUGCAAAGCCAGCUGCUACAAGUUCAAAAGGUAAAACUCCCGUCCUGUAUAAAGUCGAGGUCCUCCCAUUUUCUGAUUCCGAUAUAGAGCCGUCCACAAAGAUUCCACAACGGCCUGCCUCGCUUGGCAAUAAAGAUGCAUCUUUAGAAGACAGUAACCGGGAGAAAUCAAAAGCGAAGGAUGCUGAGAAGGAUUCGUACAAGACUCCAACUGGAUCUACGUCAGGCCAGACUCCCGUCGGCUCUAUCAAAGAGCCUAAGCCUGGAGUUGAGACUGAAACGAAAAGAGGCAAAAUAAAAAAGGCGAUGAACAAGAUGGGAGAGAGAUUGGGAGUCAAGAAAACCACUAAACCCACAGAUACAACCGGUCCAGCAAAACCGGGCAAUAUAACUAAGCCACCUGUUCCUGAUAGGAGCACAAAGCCAAAUGUUCUCACAAAGAAGCAACCUGAGACUCCAGGAUCCUCAAAACCGUCCUCAAAACCGCCAUCACAGGCUCCUUCACGAGCGCCUGAGCAAAAGAUUCCACAGGCGCCGUUGAAAGCUCCGUUGAGAGCUGAGGAUGACACCAUGAUACCGCCUCCUACGUUUACCAUAAUAAGUAAGAAGACUUAUAUAAAAGGAGGCAACGCAGAUUUGCCUAUACCGGAGGUUCCUGAUGAGGACCGAAUUAACAUAAGAGGAGGUGCCAGUGACGAGUCCGAGCUCUUGGAAGCUGGUUCUGAAGAUAGCGAGAACGAGGCAGAGGUUAAUUCUACAAUUUCAGGGAAGGAAUAUUUGGCGAAUCAGUAUGUCUUCCUUUUCCGAACAACGCACUCUGAUUUGAGCUAAUGGUGUGAUAAAAGGCUUCAACAGCUUGUAAACUCUGAAGAGUUGACGCAUAUGCAGAAUAUCAAAGACCCCUUUGCUGAUCUCGCAAAUUGGAGUGAGUGUUGUCGAAUGUUCAAAAUAGAUCCUGAUAACCAGAGUAAUCUCUCGUUGGUUACGGUGAGAGGACUCAAGACUCGACUUUACCCUUACCAGAUCUUUGGUACAUACUGGCAAAUGAAGAAUUCUAGAGCUGUUGGUGGUGGAAUCGUUGCUGAUGAAAUGGGGCUCGGAAAGACACUUUCGUAUCUGGCAUACAUCACUGUUGAGAGGCAACUUUCCCUGCUUUAUCUCCGACUGGAAGCGGCUCGCAGCCUAGAGAGCAAGAAACAUCACAAAUUGGGAGCAGAGGAUACCCAUCUCCCGUGUCGUAGCGAGGGAGAACGACCAGAGUGGAUCCUUUGUCCUUGUUCGACUUCAAAUCCGACUUAUAAGAUGAAACCUAAGCCAGGCGUGCGUUUGGCAAUAGUACCUUCAGGUCUUGUCGCAUCCUGGAUGAGGGAAUGGGAUAAACAUAUCAACACUGAUCUAAAUAUGAGGCUCAUUGUCGUUCACCCACCGGCGUUCCCUGUGUCGGGGGUACCUGAUGUCAGAGAUGCCAACAAUUCGAACCCUACCUCGAAGAUGCUUGCUUCAAAGAGAUCUAAACCUACAAGCGCGAAUGAGAUUGAGGAUGAUUUGCCUGCUCCAGAGCAAGAAAGGAUUCUCCUUUUGGCUUCGAGACAGUACUAUAAAGAGUUCGUUGAAAGUAACCUUGAAUACCAGCCUAAGACCAACAACAAGAACAAACAAGCCCCCACCCCCCCUAAAAAUACAGGAAUUGUCUUUGGUAUUGCCAUGGUAGAUGAGUUUCACGAGGCGCACUGGAGAGGCCCCCCUACAAAGAAGCCACUCAAAACUAAAACAAGCAUUCUCACUAAUCUGCCUGUAACCAACUUUCCUUAUCUUUGGGGAUAUUCUGGUACUCCUCUAGUUGCUAGUCCUCGUGGCUUGGAACCUAUUCUCUUCGCCAUUGAACACAGAGUCCGAAAUGCUCGAGUCCACGUGGAAGAAGCAAACUCAGAAUGGAAAAUGAAACCUGAACUUGGACUUUCACAGUUUACAGGAGAAAACCUUGACGCCAUCUGCGCUACCUACGAAAAUUGGAUAAAGAAUGAUCUAGGCUACGAAGUGAUGCCAAAUCUCCGCACACUCGUUCUUCCUUUUUUGAAAAGAUUCGUCAUUCGAAGAACUGCUGAGUCAAACUGGUUUGGCUCUCCUUUGAUAAGGUUGAGACCUCAUUACCAUAAUGAUAUUGCCUUGGAAUCUAAUUCACGUUACAAUGAGCUUUUCAAGAUUCAUCAUGAAAGGUAUGAAGAACCUGCUCAGAAAUUAGCAAUUGCAGAAGCUCAGGCACGUUUUCUCGGUAUUCCAGCGGAAGAAAGACUCCAAAAAGGGUUGAUACGGCCUUCCGCUAAUUCCCUUACCUUUCCUCAAUAUUGGUCGAUUGCGAGGAAAGAGAGGAUGUUUGCUACUUUUCCGUAUUUGCUACACUUUGCGCUUGCUCCCCAGGGUCCAGGAGGCCUUUCAUUCGAUAGAAAUGAGACCAAAAGAUGGAGUUUGGCAACGCAGUAUAAGAACAGUUUGUACUGCCAGCAUCUCAAAUCAAUCAUAGACACUAGUCCAAAGAUGAGUUGGCUGACUGAGUUUUUGAGGUCAUGGAAAAGUAUCAAAGCCGAAAGAUUCGGAAAGUACAAAGAUGUUGCAAAUGAAAAGGAGAUGGAUAUCAGAACUCGAAAAUUGGUUAUUGUCACUCAGUUCGAUGUCGUAGCUUUGAUUUUGCACCUGGUGAUUAAUCCCUCCUUUUCACUUCGCGUAACGAUGCUAACAACGCUGCUCAGUACUUGAAAGAAUACAUCAAAGAUCUUGGUCCUAACACCAGACUUAUCCUCUCUACUACGGAUCCUCGACAACGAGCCAAAGAUCUCGAAGCCUUCAACAAACUGGAAGUACCAGGACAGUCAAGAAUGGAAAGAGAGCAACAGACUAUAUAUCCAAAAAAUUUCCCUGAGAUUGUAAACAUCAUCAUAGGAAAUGCUCAAAUAAUCGGAAAGGGCCUGGAUCUUACUCGAGCCUCAAACCUUGUUCUCAUGGAGCCAGACAUUUCCUUUGCGAGGGAGUCGCAAAUCUACUCGCGAAUUCAUAGAAUCGGACAACAGGCUAUUGAAACACAAAGUUAUCGUCUUUGGUGUGAGAGCGCGGGAGCACGAAGAUAUGCAGAUAAUCUUGGUCCUUUCUGGGAUCCAUGGGAAUGGGAAGGUCAAGCUGUGGAGAGGAUUUUAAAACGGGGUUUGGCAUUUGGAAUCCCGCUCAAUGUACGGGAAGAGGUUGAGGAAACUAGCACAACAUUGAAACCAAGGGUUACAACAUUGAAACCAAGGGUUGUGAUUGACCCUCCCGUUAGUGCUUCCAGUGAGAAUGUGGGUGGUGGUAGCGAUCUGUUUGAUGAUCAUAAUGAGGAGCAGGAUGAUGGAAUGGACGGAGGCAGCAGCAUAAACGUGUAAUGAAACCCUGUUUGUUUUUCUAUUUCCUUUUUGUACCUUAAUUGCUAUUAAUAUACUGUUUUCGUCGAGACUCUCUAUCCAAACUACAACUAAUAAGUCCUAGAGAUGCAGAUACUGAUACGAACUACAAGAGACAAUUCAGUAGGCGAUCUCUACCAGAAUCAUCGAAUCAAAGUGGUAUCGAAGGGGACUUCUCUAACCCUGUUCGGGAACUCGACGUGGAUGAAGAGAUACGACGAGGUUUGGUGCCAGUAGAGGAGAUACCCAUGAAAAAGACUGACACAGUCAUGCCCCCAGAAAAUGAAUCAGAUUCAGAGAAUGAGGACUCUGAAGCCUCCGUCAGUGAAAUCUCCCCCUUGUCAACGAAAAGGGAAAAGAGACUUCAGUCUAAGGACGAUGAAGCUUGGCCCCUUUCAUCAAAAGUGACAGAUGAACCAAUAACUCAGUCGAGUUUAGACGAAGAGCCUGGAUUUAAUGUUGGCUCUUCAACAAGCCAGAGGAAAUCUCAACAGCCUAGAUUCUUUCAAGGUCUAUGGGGAAACAAACGCGAGUCACCAGAUAACAACUUAUUCUCCGCUCAGCCAAGAACGCCAAGUUCUCCAAUAUUUGUGGAGGAUGCAAAGAAGGUAGACUUCCAACGCUUUACCUCUACGAGGCCUAUCGAUUCUAGAACUGGUGGCGUGUAUGUGGAGCAAGUAGAUGAAAUUGAGCAUGAUGAGAAAAGAAAGCGAAGAAUUCCUACUGUGGGGCGAUUGAGAGACGUCAAGGUUGUAGGAAGGAAUAGAUUCGAGGCCGUUGGAAGCGAAAGUUCUAGUAACCAACAGGAAGCGGAGGGAGAAGAUGAGCACUAUGAGGGAGAUAGCAGAUGA